CGGAGAGUUGGGGGCGCCGUGGGGAUGAAUGGAAGUCUUGGGGCUCGGAACUCCUCUCCCUGUGCCUUGGGGUCUGUCACGACCGAAUCUCCGAGGUUUCGGGCACCUUCUUUGAGCGACGCCAUCGCCUCGGAGAGCCUGAGAGGCUCGGUCUCCUUUGGCGACGAGGCCGUAUGUCCGGGAAUAGAGGCGCACGCCCGGCUGUGGAAGUGCGGGCUGGGCACUCCUUGGUGCCCUGCGCCCAGCCAGACUCCAAAGGCGCGAUGGUUAGCAGGUGGCGUGUCUGCCUUCUUUGCCAAUCCCGUUUUGGACCAGGCUGGGGCGGCGCGGAGCUCCUGUUCGACGGUGUGAAGAAGCAUCAGAUCACCCUGCCUGGACAGGAGGAGCCCUGGGACCUCCGGAGCCUCCUCGUGUGGAUCAAGAAGAACCUGCUCAAGGAGCGGCCGGAGCUGUUCCUCCAAGGAGACAGUGUGCGGCCAGGAAUUCUGGUGCUAAUUAACGAUGCCGACUGGGAGCUGCUGGCCACCAGAUGGGCUCCUGAGACCUCCCCCCAGCAAAAGGCUGCCUGCAGCCCGUUCUGGAGAGGAAGGAGUGGGCUUAACCUUGGACUGCCAGAGGCCUGGAAGGGUCAGUGUGCCUCAGUUUCCUCCUCAGCAACAGCUGAUGAAUUACAGUGUCUGAAAACGUGGGUGACACUGACGUCACAGAUUAGGCUCCCUCUCCCGUCCUGCCUCCUGCAGGAAGCAGGGCUGGGGCAGCAGCACCUGGGCAGGCGGGGCGGCUCACCCCUCCUCCCUCCACCCUUCUGGAAGUCUCUGGGCCUCGGGGUCUGCAACAGCUGGCCUCGGGCAAAUAAAAGACUGGGUUGUUUACUAGCCUCGCCUGGAGCUUUAUCCCUGGAAACCAGAGGCACCCCACAUGCCCUCAGCCACGGCCUCUGGUCCACUCUCUCUGGUCCACUCUCUGCCCGCACCCAGGGCUUUCAGAGCCGCCCUUCACACAGGAAAGGGCAGGGGUCGAAACCCUCGCCCAACUGUGAGGGGCAGCCUGACCAGGCCGUCUGGAGAAGGGGGUGGCCGAGCCCAGUCAGGGUCCCAGGACACACAGUCCGUCACACGUCCAUCUGAGGCCAGGCUUUGUCCCGCCAGCAGCCCCAGAGCCCCAGUCACAACAGGGGUGAUGUGGAUAAGACCACCGAGCCCCUCUUCCCCGUGACCUGGAGAAAAGCUUUCUUUGCUGGAGGGAGACCUCAAAAAAAAAAAAAAAAAAAAAUAGGGCAUUAACAUAAUCUUGCCCAGAACAUUGCUUGUCACUAAAUAUCGGCCAUUUGAGGUGGGAUUUCCUCUCGCUCUGUAGGGUGAGAUUCCAGUCUGGGUGCCCCAGCACGGUGCUGGCGGCGGCGAGGGGGCUGUGCGCACCUGGCACUCUCCAGGCCCGAGGCGCCGGCCGCACCCUGGCUAGCGAGCUGCUCUCCAGCGCUCGCUCUGCAGGUGGAGGCCCUCGGGCCUCUGCGUGGGUGGAGGCAGCUGUGCUGGGGUUGUUGGUAGGAGGCGGUCUGGGUGCAAAUGGAGGCGUCGUUGGGACCCUGAACUCCGUCUAGAGAGGCUGUGGGACCAGCCCACGCGGCGUGCCGAGGUCAGGGCUUCCGAGUCAGGGAACAGAGCGAGGGGCUUGCAGCGGCCCCCUGCAGCCUGUCCUCGCCGCCUCCCUGCAACCCAGACGUCUCCCCUGCCUCCAGCCCCUCCGAGGGGCUCGUUGUCCCUCCCAGGAUUCCAGGUGCUGGGGUCUGGGCCAGCGGAUUUCUCUCUCACCUGCACCGGGGCCAGGGGGUUAGAGACGGGAUAUCCCUCCCCCCACUGCACCCCAGUGAGGACUGAGCAGUAGGGCAGGAGGACGCGCGGGGAAAACCGCGUUCUCCGGGGCAGCAGGGGGUGCGGGCGGCAGCGCCAAGCCACGGUCCGCAGCAUUCGGGGUCAUUUUCAGCCCGGAGCCUGAGAAGGGUCAGGGACAGGUGACCUGACCUCAGCGCCCGCGGCGCCCCGCUGCCCCUUUCCCCCGGGCAGCUCCUGACCCCCAGCCUGUGAGGAAAUAAACGAAUAAGUCCCACCA